AUGGAAAGGACCGAUCGGAAAAAGCCCUGCUUCCAUGGCACGGCGGGUGACUGGUCCGAUCUCCCCUCGCCUCUGAUCGAGCUCAUCGCGUACAGACUCCCCCUCGACGACCUCAUCGAUUUCAGCGAAACAUGUUCUCAUUGGCGCAACGUCGUCGUCCGACUCCAAGGAGGUUUCCAGCGAAGGAUCAGCCUCCCGUGGCUGAUGAUUGCGAACCCGACACGUCCCAACUCACCCGGCUUCUUCAGCCUGCGGCGGCAGAGCUUCUACGAGUUCCCCUUGCGGGAAGUGCGGCGCAAGAGGUGCUUGUCUUCGCGGGGUUGGAUUAUGACGAUCGGGGGUAAUGGGAACGUCCGGCUGUUCAAUCCUCUAUCCCGCGGGCGCGCCCGUGUCAAACUUUCGGCCUUGAAGCCGGAUGGCUAUAUUAACGUGGACAUCGGUAAGUUUGCGCUUUCGGCGUGCCCCCUUUCAUCCGCCGAGUCCGACAUCAUGGUUCUCGGCGAUAUCGACCGGCGGCUGGCGCUGUGGAACUACCAAGACCGUGCGUGGACCAUGGUGAGCCCCCACAGGAUCUACAUGGACCUAAUUUACCAUAAAGGCAGAUUCCUAGCCGUGGACGCGACGGGAACGAUCAGAGCGUUCCCCGUGAAACUAGACGGACCGAAUCCCGCCACAGACGGCCGAGUCGUGGCGUGGAGGCCGCCCGGGUUGGUCAAAUUGGAGCACUUGAAAAAGCAUUAUCUCGUGGAGUGCUGGGGAUCGCUGCUGGUGCUAUCCCAGGAAUGGCGACAAGGGUUCGUGACCUCCGGUUUUCAAGCCUUCUUGCUCGACCUGGAAGCAAGCACUUGGACCAAGAUCAACAGCUUGGGCGAUAGAUCUCUGUUUCUGGGUCUCAACUCGUCUUUCUCCAUGGAGGUCAUCGAUCGACAUGGCGGCAUCGAGCCCAACUGCAUAUACUUCACGGACGAUUGUACAUACAAUGGCACCGGAGGUAAAGACAUGGGCAUCUAUCACAUGGCUGACGGCCGAAUUGACCCGCUCCUGUUCGACGCCAUGCCGCACCGUCCCGAUUCCACACCUUUGUGGAUAGAACCCAAUGCGGGCUGA